UUCUCCUGUCAGUGGGAAAGGCUCCCUUUUGAAGCAGCACAUUCAUUCAUCCCUUCAAGCACCAUAGGUCUGACUUGCCAGCUUCAGAACCAUGGCAACAGAAGAAAAGAAACCAGACGCAGAAUCCACCAAAACACAGUCGACUCCUUCCUCUUCAACCAAUCAGAGCAAGCCUGCACCUGUAAAACCAAACUAUGCUCUAAAGUUCACGUUAGCAGGACACACUAAGGCCGUCUCGUCAGUAAAGUUUAGUCCAAAUGGAGAGUGGCUAGCCAGUUCCUCUGCUGACAAACUAAUAAAAAUUUGGGGAGCGUAUGAUGGCAAGUUUGAAAAGACGAUAUCUGGUCACAAACUGGGCAUCUCUGAUGUUGCUUGGUCAUCAGAUUCCAACCUUCUCGUGUCUGCCUCAGAUGAUAAAACUCUCAAAAUAUGGGAUGUGAGCUCGGGCAAGUGUUUAAAGACAUUGAAGGGGCACAGUAACUAUGUCUUCUGCUGCAACUUCAACCCCCAGUCCAACCUCAUCGUUUCAGGAUCAUUUGACGAAAGCGUGAGGAUAUGGGAUGUGAAAACAGGGAAGUGCCUCAAGACGCUGCCUGCUCAUUCUGACCCAGUUUCUGCUGUGCAUUUUAAUCGUGAUGGGUCCCUGAUAGUGUCAAGUAGCUAUGAUGGCCUCUGUCGAAUCUGGGAUACAGCAUCGGGCCAGUGCUUGAAAACACUGAUUGAUGAUGAUAACCCUCCUGUGUCUUUUGUGAAAUUCUCUCCAAAUGGCAAAUACAUUCUAGCAGCAACUUUGGACAACACUCUAAAACUUUGGGACUACAGCAAAGGAAAGUGCCUGAAGACAUACACAGGUCACAAGAAUGAGAAAUACUGCAUAUUUGCAAACUUCUCUGUUACUGGUGGCAAGUGGAUCGUAUCUGGUUCAGAGGACAACCUGGUUUAUAUCUGGAACCUCCAAACAAAAGAGAUUGUACAGAAAUUACAAGGGCACACGGACGUUGUGAUCUCCACAGCCUGCCACCCCACAGAAAACAUAAUCGCAUCAGCGGCACUAGAAAACGACAAAACAAUUAAACUGUGGAAGAGUGACUGUUAAACGUUUUCGAUAUCACUUUAGAGACUGUCAGCAAAAUUUUGUUUUUAAAAAAAAAAAAAGAAAAGAAAUGGAAAAAAAAAUAACCCCACUCAACGAGAGUAAAAACCCCAGUUUGGCAGAAAACCUGAGGAAUAUUUGCGAGAGUGGUUUCUGUUAGUCUUGGUCCAAAGAAAACAUCUUUAGCGUCUUGCUAGAACGGGGCAGCGCGGUGGAAAAAAGAUGCAGCGUCUCCUUUCCUUGCCUGGUCGCUUGGCAGACAUGGAUCGUUCUGAGAUGGCGUUAGAAGUGGCAGCCUGGUAUUGGAAGCCCCAAAGAUAUACUGUACUGUGUGGUAGCAUUAUUCCUUUGGUCUCUUGGUGCUGCUUAAGGAAAAGCUGCCAGUCUGUUUUGUAACAGUAAGUUAAGUUGUGAGCCUAGAAAUACAUGGAUUUUUUUUUUUUUAAAUGUCUAAUUUUUUAAUUUGUUUUGCAGGAGAGUAGGUUCUAGUCUCUCGGAAGUUUCUUUUCAAUGUUUUAAAUAGGGGUACUGCGUCUUGGACGAUGCUUCAUUUCAAACAUGCAGCUCAAAUUUUGUGACCAAAUAAUAAAAACCAUGCAGUUUCAGAUCUUCCCCUUCCUGCCCCUGACUUCAGACUCCUGUGACAAAAAUCUCUCCUCCUACUUCUGUAUAGUUGCUUACCUCUUGUUCUGUGUGUUUAAUAGAAGCUGUUAUAGAGCAAAGUUACAGCUCUUCUGUUAACCAUUAAAAUGAUUCCUGCUUGUAGUUGUUCUCGGUAUAUUUUAACUUUUUUUUCCUCUUCUUGGAAAAAAAAGAAAAAAGUUGACAGAACAGUGUAAAAUUUAUUUCAAUGUAAAAAAAAAAAAAAGAAAAAUGAUUUUGUAUCUUGGAAAUUCCUCGUAUAGAACUGUAUUGCUAAUGGCAUGACUCUGUAUCUAUUUCAGCGUCGGUAUUUCUUCCCCUUUUUGUCACACUAGUGUGGUAUUUACACAUCGAAGCCAGUACCAUAUGCCAUAAUAAAGAGGUGGGAUUUUA